AUGUUGCUAUUAGUUCUCAUUGCAGUUAUUGGAAGCGCCCUGGGCGGCGUGGACGAGAGAAUUAUUGGAGGAGUUCCUGCUGCAGUCGGAGAAUUUCCUCACCAGAUUUCCCUUCGGUACAGACAGUACCACACAUGUGGAGGCUCUAUUUUGAAUCCUUCUUACAUAUUAACGGCUGCCCAUUGCGUUGAGGGCAGGGCAUAUCCUCCUGAUUUCACAGUCGUCACUGGUUCCAUUCAAUUAUUAGCUGGAGGGCAAUCACAUGCAGUACAAUCGAUCGUAUUCCAUGAAAAAUUUGCCCAAAGCCACUUGAACAAUGAUGUUGCAAUUAUCAAGCUUCAAAGACCAAUGACAUUCAACCAAUAUCAAAAACCAAUUCGUCUACCAAACUCCGAUACUCCUUCUGGUGUAUUGCUGACAGUUUCAGGAUGGGGUCUUACUGCUUAUCCAAGUAAUACAUCGCCAAACUAUCUCCAAAAAAUGCUGGUCAACUCUUGGAGUAAUGCCGAAUGCCAAAGAUGGCACGACUACGGACCAGGAGGUAGAGCAAUAGAUACCAUUUAUCCAGGAAUGUUGUGCGCAUUUAACAGAUUACAUAUUGGAAUUUGUAAGGGUGACUCGGGUGGUCCAUUGGUGGUAUACGACAAUGAAGGACCUGUGCAAGUUGGUGUUGUUUCUUGGGUUUGGAGGUAUUGUGCUCAAGGUGUACCUGAUGUAUAUGCCAGAGUACAUUACUACUUAGAUUGGAUUCAUGAACAUACUAAUAACGAAUUACUAAUGGCUACCCCAAAUACCACCACCACAUUAAGUUCUCUAGAUUACGAUUUUCACUUAAACACAUGCAAGCUCAGGCUCGUAAUAAGCAAUUUGAAACAUGUACAAGAUCGUGUCAAUGUUCACAAUUGGGUCAAGAAAUUGACAACAGCUAGGAACAACAAAGAAGAAAAAAUGCUUCGAAAUGAUUUCAUGGCAUUUUUGGUCAAAGCUGUCCAAGACCAAAACUUGAUUCCACCAUUCAAUGAACCACCUCCACCUGGUCCAUUGACCGCAAUGAUAAACCUAAUGCCGGAUGAGUUGCCACCUGGAACAAUCGACACUACCUUUAUGCCUGAACAACCUCUAGCACAAGCAUCUCAAAGUUCGGCUCUAUUCAAUCUAUCUCCUGACAAUGGAGAUUUUCUGAUCUCCCAGCCAUUACCAAGAUGUGGGAGGGAUGCCAAUAUCGAUUUGUUCACCGUGGUUGCCGGUUCGGUGCUGCUCUCACAAGGAGGAGAUGUACAUGAAAUAGCAAAAAUUACUUAUCACAAAAAAUAUGUUGCUGCUUUCAAAGGCUAUGAUGUUGCCAUUCUUAAGUUGAAAACUCCCAUAACAUUUGAUGAAACAAAGCAACCUAUAGCUCUUCCAAAAGAAGACACCAUGGGCGGAGAGACUGUUGAAGUUUCUGGUUGGGGCCAAACUACUCCAUUUGGUCAAAUACCAGAUCAUUUACAAAAAAUGAUGGGUAUCUCAUACGAAAGUCGCAUUUGCCAAAAAUUUCUCAAUCAAGGACCAAUCAAAAAUAAAACUUCUAGACAAAAUGAUAUAACUGAAACAAUGCUGUGUGCUUUCCGGAAACUGGGCAUCGGUGUAUGCAUGGGUGAUUCCGGUGGUCCUCUGAUCGUUCGAGAACCUGAUGGACCAGUUGUUGUCGGAGUGGUGUCUUUUGGUAUUCCAUGUGGCACAGGAGUACCAGAUGUCUAUGCAAGAGUAUAUCACUUCUUGGAUUGGAUUCACAAAAACACGGAUAAUGUUUUAUUGAACAAUUCUGAAUAAAAUAUUUAUUAUAAAUAUAUCUCAUAAAAUAAUAUGCAUAAACAAAAUAAACUAAAUU